AUGAAUAACAACAAUACAGAAAAAAACUUUUACACUUCUGACAAUCCAUAAUUUAAACAAAAACUUUAUGAACUUCAACUUAUCAUUGAUUAAUGCAAUUAUUCUAAAAAGUAUUUAUCCAUUUUAUCAAAUCUAGAAAGAAAGUCAUAGAUGAUGCUAAAAUCGUCCUUCAAAAUUAUAAAGAAUUAAGUCCUACUUUGGUAGCUCUUAAUAUUUCUAUGCUAGAAUUACAAGGAAACAGUAUUUAUUUAUUCAUAUUCAGUUCCCGUUUCAUAUAAUAAUAGCUAAUUUUCAAUCUUUAUUCAUUUAAGAUUUUAGAAUCCACAUCCUUAGGUAUAACCUUAUAUUUUCCUUAAAAAUAUUGAUAGUAUAAUCAAUUCUUAUUCUUUUAGCUAAUAAAUUUGUUUCAAACCCUUUAUAUAAGUCAGCUGAAAUCUAAAAUGGAUUGUUUAUUAGUUUUAAUAAUUUUAUUCCUUCUGCCAAAAAUUGGAAUUAAAAUUAUAAAAUCAUUGAUUUUAUGAUAGAAAUACAGUCUGCUUUGUCUCGAAAUUUCCCUUUCUUCCUAAAAACUUACUAAAACAAUUUUAAUUAAUCACAAUAUUAAUAUCAACCAUAAUAAAUUAUGAGUUAAGUAAAUUAACCAUAAGGUAAUAAUUGUUAUGGACUUUGGAGUUCUUAAUAUUUAUAAUAAUAAUAAUUUACAUAGCAAUAGUAAUAAUAAUAAUAAUAAUAAUAAUAAUAAUUAUUAUAAUAAUAAUCUUUUAAUCCUUAUAUAAAUCCACAAUAACAAUAAUUAUUGAAGUAAUAAUAAUAAUAAUAGCAAUAAUAAUAAUAAUACAUUUAACAACAAGAUUAGAAUUAAAAAAAAUAAUAAUUAGAAGAAGAAUAAGGGAUGGUUAAUAAGAUAACAACAAUAAGUAAAUCAGUUUUUGAAUUUGGAAAGGAAUUAUUUAUGACUUAAGAAGCAAAAGAAGAGAAAAUAAAGACUGAAGUUAGAUCUAAAGUUGAUAUAGAAUUAUUAAAUUAAUCUAAAAAACUAAUGGAAUCCAUCAAAUAAUAAAAAUAAUUAAAUGAAACUUUGAUUGAAACAUAUUAAUAAUAAUCGAGAGUAAUGAAGGAAGUCCAAUUAGUAGAUUAAGAUAUAAAUGAUAGUAUUCAUGCAUUAGAUUAAUAAAUGAUAUAAAUGGAAUAAAAGAUUGAGGCAUGCGUAACAUCUAUAAGUUAAAUUGAAUAGAAUAAUAUUUUAGAGUAUUUGUUAUUAUAUAUUUAGAUUAAUAUCUGCAGAUCCUUUGAGUAAUUAGAUUAUAGAUUUAACAAGCGAAAUUUAAGCAUAAAAAGAAGGAUUAUAUUAUGUUUAGAAGAAGUUUCGAUAUUAAAAUUUGGAAUAUGAUUAGUUAAUUAAAAUAACUAAAUAACUGAGUUAGCAAAUGUUCGAUCAAUAUUUAUUGUUGAGAAAAUGUGUAGCUAGUCAAUUAUGA